UGGAAACAGGGGCGGACUGACCAUUUGGAAAACUCGGGCACUGCCCGAGGGCCCAGGGUCAGUCGAGGGCCCCAUGAAAUGCCCCUGGUACCUUUUUCAGAUGUUUUUGAGUUUGGGCAAGGACAAAGGGGUCCCAUGAUCCCCUAUGGCCCGGGGGCCACAUGAGUUGUCAGUCCGCCCCUGUGCCCGAGUUUCCAAAUGGUCAGUCCGUCCCUGCACAAGACAGAUUAGCAGCUACUAGGGGCUAAGAUGCAAAGUAGAUGG